AACAGACAGCACACAUGAAGAAAAAUCAUUGUUAACUCAAUGAUUGUGUCAAAAACUUCAAGUAAGCACAACAAUAGUGAACAAUACAGCACUCACGUGUUCUCACAGCUUCAGAGGGGGGUGGUGCCCCACUCCCAGUGAUGUCAGAGGUGAGAAGAAACUUUAUGGUAAUUCAGGUCCGAAGCCUUCUUAAAGAGAGCGAGGUGACGUUUCCUAAGUCUCUCUGGGAGUUGUGUUGGGGUUCAGGACUUCUGGGUGAGGACUGGGGCUCAGAGAGAGGAGACACAACCUGAUACAGGAUGACGACCCCAACGCUGGUGCUGCUGGUUUUGGCUUUUACUUCUGCCACUGCGAUAAAGCCUAGAAGUCAGUUCACGCGUUACCGUUCAUGGAACUCACGGAUGUAUCCGGUGUGGAAAGACGGGGACCCAAGAUUCAGGAACUGCUGGGCUGGUGGUCAAGUAACUUUUGAUCUGAAAAAUGAUGGACCCACCCUGACUGGAGCGAGAGCAACUUUUUCUAUCAACCUUAAUUUCCCACCGAACCAGACUGUACUCUCUGAUGGGCAGGUGGUCUGGGCACAAAACUGCACCAUCAACGGGCAACAGUAUCAGGAGGGUCAGGCUGUGUACCCCGACCAGGGCGGUGAGCAGACCGGCGUUUUUCCUGAUGGCACACCUUUCGCCAGGAGCCAGAACAAGAAAAGCCACUAUGUGUUUGUGUGGAAGACGUGGGGGCGGUACUGGCAGGUGGCCGAUGGACCGUCCUCCUCACUCUCCAUUGGCACAGACAACGUAGCCCUGGGCUCCUACAACAUGGAGGUUGUCAUCUAUCACUGUCGUGGAAAAGACAAGUUCAUCCCUCUUGGCUACGCCUCCACAGUCUUCACCGUCACAGACCAAGUUCCCUUCACCAUAUCACUUGCCCAAGUCAAUGACGUAAACCAGGAUGACCAGAACUUCAUCCAGAACCGAGCCAUUGCUUUUAACGUCAAGCUCCACGAUCCCAGCCAGUAUCUCAACAACGCUGACAUCAGCUUCACCUGGGACUUUGGGGACAGCACUGGUACUCUGAUCUCCAGAGAACUCACUGUGACACACACAUACCUUGCUGUCGGGACCUUCAGACCUCAGGUGGUCCUCAUGGCAAGCAUCCCCAACGGCUGCGGAAACCCCACAGCCGCUGUCCCUAUCGACACUUCUGCUGCCCCAGCAGUUGUUGUGAUAGACUCGACCGCAGCAGCUGCGGGAGGGGAUGCGACUGCUCUGGACGUGCCUGCAUCUGACGCCACUCCUCUGGCUGCUUCUGUACAGCCAGCUGAAGCAGCCACAAACACAGAAGAUGGAGAAGCAAUUGUUGGUACAGACACAGCAGCAAUAGAGGUUGCUUCAGUAGCACCUGCAGGAGUCGAUGCAGCUGUUGCUCCAGAGGAGCAAGAUACCGCUAACACUGCUGCCCCUGCUGCAGAAACAAAUAUUGUUGCCGAAGACACAGAUGCAGCUGCAGCAGCAGCAGGUGAGGAGGCCGCUGCAGCCUCUGUGGCUCCUGCAGCUGAGGAACCGGCAGAUGCUGAUGCAGCUGCUGCAGAUGAAACUGCAGCAGCUACAGAUGCAGCUGAAGAAAAUGCGCCUGUGAUUGACGCUGCUGCUUCAGUUGCCCCUGUUGCAGAGGGAGAAGAAGCUGCAGCUGAGGGUGCUGACACUGUCACUGUUGCUCCUGUACCAGAAGGAGCUGCAGAGGAAGAAGCUGAUGUUGUAGCUGCUGAUGCCGCUGAGGCAGCUGAGGCUGCUGAGGCUGCUGAGGCUGCUGAGGUUGCUGAUGCUGCUGAGGUUGCUGAUGCUGCUGAGGCUGCUGAUGCUGCUGAUGCUGCUGAGGCUGCUGCAGAUGCUGAUGUUACUGCUGUUGAUGUUGCCACAGAGGUUGUCCAAGCUGUAACAGAAGCCCCAGUUGAUAAUGUUGUAGCCCCAGUUGCCACCGAGACCACUGCUGUUGAAGAGGCAGCACCAGCUGAUACUGAAGCUGAAGUACAGGGAGCUGAAAAUGAAGCUGCAGAUGCUGCAGAACAACCGACAGAUGCUGAGGAGGCUGCUCCUGCUGAGGGUGAAGUUCAAGCAGAGGUAGAAACUGAUCCAGCACAGAUCGCCCUUGUUGUGGCUAAAAGACAAGCACCUGAGCUGACUGCUGACUGCAUGGUCUACCGUUACGGCUCACUCGCCACAUCUGUAGAAGUUGUUCAGGGUAUUGAAAGUGUAGAGAUUGUACAAGUGUCCAAUGUCGUAUCUAUGGCAACUGAGUUGGAUCAGAAUGCUGUGGACGUCACUGUUACCUGUCAGGGAAGUCUGCCAAGUGAGGUCUGCACAGUCAUUUCAGAUGCGGACUGUAUCACACCAGUAGAGACAGUCUGUACUGCAGCCACACCCUCCCCAGACUGUCAAAUGAUCCUCCGUCAGUUCUUCAACGACUCCGGAGUAUUUUGCAUCAAUGUCUCCUUGACCAAUGAUGUCAGUCUUGCUGUGGCAAGUGCUAGAGUCAGUGUGACAGUAGCCUCUGGUGGUUCCCCAGCUGGAACUGCAGCCACAGUCCUGGGCGUUAUGUUUCUCGCCUGUGUUGUCUGUUGUAUGGGUUUGAUGUACAGGCGGUUCAAGCAGUACCAGCCUCUGAGAGAAGACAGUGUUGACAGCAGUGGAGGCAGGUCAGCGGUAACAUCAGUGCCUUUGUUGUUGUGGAACUUGUUGAGUCGACAGUCACCGGGAGAGAGUCGUCCAUUGCUUCAGGGGAGGAUUGUGUGAAUAUCAUCAUCGGCUCAUGCACUCAACACCUACAACAUCUGCUAAAAUAUCCGCUUCACAUACAUGAUACUUUAACUGUAGCAGAAUUGUAAUUUCCUGUCAAUGUACGGAGCCUGAACCAGUUAAGUGUAACAGCCCCGUGUGCGGCAUGUGUAGAAAUAGAAAGGACUCAAACAUGUAAUAAAAAAGUGGAAUAAAAAUGUUGAAGCAUU